AUGGCUGUAUCAUCAGCUGCGUCUCCGCCCAUUCCACUUCCGCCGAAACCGGAACCGGAAACAGCCACAGAUCCAGUUACCAUAAUUAUUGAUUAUUCGAGUCUACGACGCCAUCAAGCUCUGUCACCCAAAACUCAAACAAAACGCUCUCAUACAGAAGCUCUGUCACCCAAACCUCAAACAAAACGCUCUCAUACAGAAGCUCUGUCACCCAAAACUCAAACAAAACGCUCUCAUACAGAAGCUCUGUCAUCCGAAACUCAAACAAAACGCUCUAAUACAGAAGCUCUGUCACCCAAAACUCAAACAAAACGCUCUCAUACAGAAGCUCUGUCACCCAAAACUCAAACAAAACGCUCUCAUACAGAAGCUCUGUCACCAAAACCUCAAACAAAACGCUCUCAUAAAGAAGCUCUGUCACCCAAAACUCAAACAAAACGCUCUCAUACAGAAGCUCUGUCACCCAAAACUCAAACAAAACGCUCUCAUACAGAAGCUCUGUCACCCAAAACUCAAACAAAACGCUCUCAUACAGAAGCUCUGUUACCCAAACCUCAAACAAAACGCUCACAUACGGAGGCUCUGUCACCCAAAACUCAAACAAAACGUUCUCAUACAGAAGCUCUGUUACCCAAAACUCAAACAAAACGCUCUCAUACAGAAGCUCUGUCAUCCGAAACUCAAACAAAACGCUCUCAUACAUAA